AUAAUUCUAAGCCAGUUGCCCCUGCUUUGACUUACUAUGGUGAGGUACUAUUGUAAAUACAUACACCUAUACACUGUAAUAUAUCAUUAUUAAUCUUAUUCGAGAAUUAUCGAAAAUGUUGUAAGAAGAUAACAGUGAUUCAAGCUACUUCUUAUAAUGUGUUUUUGUAGUGUUAAAGAAACAUCUGUGUAAGAGUAAUAUAUUUGAUUAAUGGGAGCAGCGCAUGCGACGAAGGUUAUAGGAAAAAUGGAAAGAUCUCAUCGUUCAGGUGCAGAUGGCAAAGUGGAGGCUCAGUCGAAUGCGAGUAGCAGUUCAAGACCGUUAUCUAUUCAGGGUCCUCAAAGUACAAAUAAUGCUGAAUCACAUAAUCCAGCAUUAGUACCGAACCAACCUAGGCAGCCAAGAAAUCUGCAAGGAUUGCUAAGAUAUGCUAUGGAAGCAACUAAUACUGAAGAUUCCACUAAUAGUACCCAGUUGAAUCCUAUGGAUGCUGAAAGACAACAGUUUUUAACAGAGGCACUCUCUUCUUUGUCAUGUAAUGUUAUUGAAGAAUUACAGAAAAGUAUUAAAAUAUUGUCGAACGUAGUCGAACUUUGUCCAGACGAUGAUACCUCACAGCAGGAAGUUGCUCUAGAAAGAAUAGCAGAUUAUGUAGAUAAUGUAGAUAUUGCAAAUGAUUUCUAUAAAAUAGGAGGUUUUUCCAUUUUUGGUCCAUGCUUAAAUUCUCCGCAUAAUAACAUCAGAUGGAGAGCAGCAGAUGUUAUAGCUGAAUUAACUCAAAAUAAUCCUUUUUGUCAAAAUAAAUUUCUCGAAACUGGCCUGUUCCCUGUACUAUUGAAAAUUAUAGAUACAGAUCCUGUGGAAAUUGUCAGAAUCAAAGCUUUGUACGCUGUAUCUUGUAUAGUUCGUGAACAUUCUGCAUCUUUGAAAUAUAUGGACAAGUAUGAUGGAUAUUCUGUACUUUUAAGAGCUAUGCAAAGUCCAGUGAAAAAACUGCAGAUUAAAUCUGCUUUCCUCUUAUGUUCUCUCUGUUAUAAAGAAAAUACGAAUAAUUUGAAACUCUCCUUAAUUAACAUGGGUUUCAUUGAACAAGCAACUGGAUUAUUAGUUAGGAAUGAAUUAAUUCCUGAUAUUAGGGAUCAGUUAUUGAACAUUCUUGAUGGUUUGACCAAUAAUAAUUUCCUCCCAGCCUUAAAUGAAUGCAAGCGCCCAGAACUUUGUUUACAAACAACAUUGGGACGCUGCAUAAAAGAGUUACAGCAAGAGGAAAGUUUGGAUCAAUUAGAUGUAUGUUAUCGAAUCUUAAAAAAAGUUUUCCCUGAAGACGACGCAGGUCAAGAAAGAUAGUUUUCAAUAAAAUUGACAAACUUUUCUCCGCGCAUUAAGCUUGUACAUUAUCAGACACUGCUGCUAAUAAACAAAGCCAAAUAUAUUUUACAUACAUUAUUGUAUUAUACAUCUUAAUGUGUGUACUAACAAAUAAAAUCUUAGUUUAAUGCUUAUA